UCACUAAUAAAUUUCCUAUGAAAAUAAGCAUUAACAAAUUUCAUAUGAAAAAAUCGAUUAUUUAAACACUAAUAAAUUUCCUAAUCAUAAAUUUCUUUAAAAAUUCUCAAAAUGAGAGUCUACUAUUUUCUGCUACUAUUUUUCGCCCUAUAUUUUUCUACAAAUUCUGUCUCCUCUUCGACCCUAUUUCUCUGCAAGGAUUACUCCGAUUUGAGAUUCUCAUCUGAAAACGAUACAGAUUUUAACGUCACGACAAUAAUUGAAGAAAAUUUCCUUUUCGUUCCGAAAAAUUUGAUGUCCAACAAUGCCAGUACAACUUUCGGUUUAAUGAAUCCGUCGUCACUAAAAUGUCAUCAAAAAACGGUCACCUUAAUAAUGCAACUUGGAGAUGGAGAUGCAAUUACCGGAAGUGAAAAUAAUGGUACCUCCACCACCACCACAACUUCUACGACGACCAUGUCACCACGGCACGUGUCAUUGUUACCACUUGGAAAAGUUGAACGUCCCAAGGGACCAAAAAAACCACCAACAGUUCCAAAACAUGUCAAACUUCGGGGGAAAAUCGGUCCAUUUUUUACCCCAGAGGGUUACCUGGAAUAUAACCAUGCUUACUACAACCCACAAGACUUUUGCGUUUCAAGAAUUUCCAAUGAAGAAAUCGAAGUUCAAAUUUGUCCCUUAAACUGCUCUCGACCAGGUCAUCUUUGCCUCCCGAAGUGUUGCGGGGUCGGGGAGGUCUUGGUUUACUGGAAUUUUACAUGCAUGCCGACGCCCACGCCGUGGACGCCGUUUUUGUAUGACGACGUCCACACUCGACUUUCUCCCAAGGAAUUAAAGGCCUUGGAAGUGCAUUACGUUCGACCCACGUUGAACUGCAAGUGGGAAGAGUGGGCUUUUUCGGAGGUGAAAAGACCCCGAAAAAAUACCACGAAACCGCCAGAUCCCGCUUUUUUUCUCCGUGUCCUGAAAGAUGGGUCCAUUAUGCACAUCAACAUAAAUCGGAGAUGGAGCAAAAUGUCGCCGGAACUUUAUUGCAUCGACGGUUUCGUCAACUGGAGCGAAGGUGGUGGGAACGUGAGCUACGUGAAGGACGAAGAUCACCAAGUCGUCCUCAAGUGUCCACCCCUCCCGAACAAUUCCUCCAGUUCAAAAAUAGUAAACCCCACAACCGUGGACGCACGGAAGGACGACCUUUACGCCGGGGUUAUGUAUGUCGCCUCCGUUUUCCCCUUUCUCACCGCCCUCGUCCUCGCCUUGCUCUUUGACCGACAGAACAUUCACGGCUUGACGAUCCUCUCGAACUGCGUGAGCCUCUUCUUCUUCUACGUGACGCAUGGGACGGUGUACUACAUGGCGCAGAGGAGGAAUCUCUUGGGCGACAAUAGGUCCCCGACCUGCCUUUCGAUCGCUAUUUUGUCGCAUUUCUUCUUCCUCACGACGUUCGCGUGGCUUACCGUUGUCAAUUUUGACCUCUGGUUAACAUUCAGAUCGAUGCGACCCAUUUCGAAAAUGUCGAAGAAAAUGAGACGAUUCCGUCUGUAUUCGUUCAUCGGGUGGGGAGUCCCCUUCCUCUUCAUGGCUGUCUUUGUAUUCCUCGACUUUCAUUACAGAGACUUCCGGACCGAAUUUAUCGUCCCGGAUUACGGAAUAAAAAGUUGUUACGUGGCAAGCUGGGCUCGUCGGGAGUACAUUUGCUCCAUCGUGUCCACCAUCAUCCCCAUCAACAUCAUCCUCAUCGUCUCCACCUUCAAAAUUUUUUACGAUUUUGAUAAAGGCAAAAAUAUCAUGCCAAAAAGGGUCAAAGGCGACAAAUACUCGUUUCAUCUCUUCCUAAAACUUUUCCUCGUGAUGGGAUCAAUCUGGUCGUUUGACGCCAUUUUCUGCUGGUUCUACAACAAUGGGGAACAAUCCCCUUGGUUCAUUAUGAUUCUCGAUUGCGCCAUGUUCCUCCAAGCGAUCGCAAUUUUUGUAAUUUUUUGCUGCAACCGACGCACCAUGAAGCAAUUAGAGGAAAAAUAUCCGUGCUUUAAAACAUAUUUUUUCAGCCGUGUUCAAACCACUCAGAAAAUUGUUGAAAAUUCAAGAACCCACGAUCGACAAUACGGAAACGACGCCAGCCACGCCGGGACAGGGGGCGAGAAAAAUGUCCACGCUUUCAACAUCGACAUCCGGAACGAUGGACAGGAGGAAGAUGACGACACAAUAGGUCAACCAAGUACCAACGUCAUUGAUGACGCCAAAGACGCCACGUCAUGAUUUUUCCGUGCAAUAAAAGAACUUUGACUUCUUAAAGCGUAAA